CUUCCUCACCCUUCAGAGUCGCCAUUGAUAUCUUCUUGAUCUUCUCUUCGUUUCUCUUCAUCCCAAUCCAUUUUCGAAUACCCAUUUCGAGAUUCUUCCCAAAUGGCCCUUUCUUCUUACAAAGUUUCAACCUUUUCUCUCUCACCCAUUGUUGGUGAUGUUCCAAGAAAGCUCAUUUCUCCAAACCCUUCUUCUUCUUCUAUGAGCUUUGUUCUCUCUUCUUCUUCUUCCCCUUUUUCUCUGAGCCUUUCCAAAACAGGGGGUAACAGGAACUUCAGGGUAUUUGCUGCAAAUGCACCCGCACCACUCACUGGGGUGAUAUUUGAACCCUUUGUUGAGGUCAAGAAGGAUGCUCUUGCUGUUCCAGUAACACCUAAUGUUUCCUUGGCUCGUCAGAACUAUGCAGAUGAGGCAGAAGCUGCAAUCAAUGAACAGAUAAAUGUGGAAUACAACGUUUCCUAUGUGUACCACUCCUUGUUUGCAUACUUCGACAGGGACAAUAUAGCUCUCAAGGGACUUGCCAAGUUCUUUAAGGAAUCAAGUGAAGAAGAAAGAGAGCAUGCUGAAAAGCUUAUGACAUAUCAGAACAUUCGUGGUGGUCGAGUGGUGCUGCACCCUAUGACGGGUCCCCCUUCAGAAUUUGAGCAUGUGGAAAAGGGGGAUGCAUUGUAUGCCAUGGAAUUAGCUUUGUCUUUGGAGAAGUUGGUAAAUGAAAAACUUCUGCAUCUUCACAGUGUGGCAGACCGUAACAACGAUCCUCAACUUGCAGAUUACAUUGAGAGCGAGUUUUUGUAUGAGCAGGUUAAAGCAAUUAAGAAGAUAUCAGAGUAUGUGACUCAACUGAGAAUGGUUGGAAAGGGUCACGGUGUAUGGCACUUUGAUCAAAGACUUCUUCAUGAGGAAGAACUUGUGUGAUUUGGAACAGCCUGCUAUCUGCAUUUGGUCCUUUAUGAAGUUCUGUGUUGUUAUGUUAGUAGAAUUGGGAAUGAGUGUUUCUCCGUGGUAAUGAGAUGUAGGAACUGUGUGUAUUGUUGUUGCUAGGAUCAUGUGUUCAAGGUUAAGAGCCAUUAUUAGCUGCAGUUAAAUUCUGUUUGUAGCUUGCAAUUAUUUGCUAGAAAUAAAAAUGACGUUGGCUCUUUGCGGAA